AUGUCCUGGAAUAUCACAAAGAAGCUGAAAGAGACCCAUCUGAGCGCCCUCUCCAACCUCUCCAGCUCCCUAGCUUCGAGUAAGGACAAAGAUGCUCCUACAACGCCUACGGUGAGCAGUGCCAGCUCUACCAAGGAAGGCGGUCCGGCUCCAGAUACGAAUACGUCGAAACCAGGUAUUCUCGUCGUCACUCUCUACGAAGGUCGUGGGUUUUCCCUGCCAGAACAGUAUCGAGAGGCCUUCGCUUCACACCACCGUACCAACAGCAGCACCGGAGGCGUGGCUGGUUCUACACAACAGAGCUCACUUGCAGUAGGUCGUGGGAAUGGCUCUACCAGGCCACAGACGUCUGGAGGUGGCUUUACGGGCAUCCCAACGAAUCACGGAAGGAUAUCCCGAAAAUACAUGCCAUACGCACUGCUAGACUUUGAUAAGCUCCAGGUCUUCAUCAACUCCAUAGACGGCAGUCCUGAGAAUCCCGUUUGGGCUGGUUCCAGCACUCAGUACAAGUUUGACGUCUCACGUGUUGCUCAGCUCACUGUGCACAUGUACCUUCGAAACCCCAAUGCUGCACCGGGAUCUGGCCGGAGCCAGGAUAUUUUCCUAGGUGUUGCUCAGAUUAGCCCGCAAUUCGACGGGCCUUACCGCGAGGUUGAAUGGAUUGAUUUGCAGUACGGUACCGGCAAGCUUCAGAUCGGCUGGGAAUACGUUGAAACCCAAACGAAUAAGCUGAACGUUGACGAUUUUGAAUUGCUCAAGGUCGUAGGGAAGGGUAGUUUUGGUAAAGUCAUGCAGGUUCGAAAGAAAGAUACCCAUCGUAUUUACGCCAUGAAGAUUAUCCGAAAAGCAAAGAUCAUAUCCCGCCAGGAAGUGACACAUACUCUUGCUGAGCGUUCAGUCCUUGCCCAGAUAAACAACCCAUUCAUUGUGCCCCUUAAAUUUACAUUUCAAUCCCCUGAGAAGCUCUAUUUUAUUUUGGCCUUUGUCAACGGAGGAGAAUUAUUCUACCAUCUAACCAAGGAGCAGCGUUUUGACAUCAACCGUUCCCGCUUCUAUACUGCCGAACUACUAUGUGCUCUCGAAUGUCUUCACGGCUUCAACGUUAUCUACCGCGACUUGAAGCCUGAGAACAUCCUUCUGGACUACCAAGGCCAUAUUGCUCUUUGUGACUUCGGGCUCUGCAAGCUUGAGAUGAAAGACGAAGAUGAGACACACACCUUCUGCGGAACACCAGAAUAUUUGGCUCCGGAGCUUCUCACCGGCCACGGAUACAACAAGACUGUUGACUGGUGGACCCUAGGCGUCUUAUUGUAUGAAAUGCUUACUGGUCUUCCACCAUUCUACGCUGAAGAUACGAACGAGAUGUACCGCAAGAUUCUAUCCGAUCCUCUCACCUUCCCAAGCCAUGAUAUUGUUCCUGCCACUGCAAAAGAUCUCCUAACUAAACUUCUUAACCGAGAACCUUCUGAGCGACUAGGUGCCAAUGGGUCGGCUGAAAUUAAAGCUCACCCGUUCUUCCACGCAAUCGACUGGAGGAAGUUGCUACAACGAAAGUAUGAACCGGCGUUUAAACCCAAUGUAGCCGACGCUCUUGAUACCGCCAACUUCGAUGUUCAAUUCACAUCCGAACCAGCCCAGGACUCCUUCGUGGAUGAUCCCGUUCUCUCCCAAACGAUGCAAAACCAGUUCGCUGGGUUCAGUUAUAACCGGCCUGUUGCCGGCUUGAAUGAUGCGGGUGGCAGUAUAAAAGACCCUUCGUUUAUAGACAAUGUGCAAGACUAA